CCUCUCUCCUCUCUAAACUUCAACUCUUAUUAAAAUGAACAACAACAUCAUCGCCGACGAUUUUCCGGUGACAUUCGGCGACCAUCAAGUACAGUACAUGCAGUCUCGUGCCUUAGAUCCGUAUCAAACAGCAGCAAGCUUCAACAAACACCAUUUCAACCAAUCUCCAGCGGUUUUAAAACGGCAGAGAGAUUAUGCGUUUGACUCAGACGUUAUAAUGACACCUCAGAAACGCAGGUGCGACGCGUUUGCUCCGCAGGCGUCUCUAGUAACCGCACAACUCGUUUCUCAGAUCCAGCAGCAACAAGCGGAUAUCGAUCGCUUCGUCGCUCAAGAAACGCAAACGCUGAGACUGGAGUUAGAAGCGAGACAGAGAACGCAAACGUUGUCCUUAGCGUCAGCGUUUCAGUCCGCGAUCGUUAAAAAGCUUAGACAGAGAGACGACGAGAUUGUCCGAAUGGGGAAACUAAACUAUGUCUUGCAAGAACGUGUGAAGAGUCUCUACGUGGAGAAUCAGAUCUUGCGUGAUCUCGCUCAGACCAGUGAAGCUACAGCCAACACUCUCCGGUCGAAUCUUGAACAUGUUCUCGCUCAAGUCGACGAGUUACCGGCGACCGGCGGAGAUGUUUUUCAUCCCUCGGUGGAAGAGGAUGAUGCGGUAUCGAGCAGCGGGAGCUGCGACGGUGGUGAUGUAACGGCGGUGAUAGGAGGAUGUAAACGGUGCGGUGAAAGGACGGCGAGUGUGUUGGUGUUGCCUUGCCGUCAUUUGUGUUUGUGUACGGUUUGUGGAUCGGCGCUGUUACAGGCGUGCCCUGUGUGUGAUACCGUCAUGAAUGCUAGUGUCCAUGUUAACAUGUCAUGAGACUCAUGACCCAUAUUUUUAAUUUUUUUAUUUGUUUCCUUUUUUAGUGGAGGAUUUAAUAGCAAAGUAAAAGAAAUAUGACUCUUUUAUUAUAACCUUUUUUGGGGAUAUUUUAGUUAUGGAACUGAUUCAUUUGUUUAAAGCUUUGUACGAUUCUUGGUAAUUUCUUCAUUUGUACGGAAGUAUAUUACUCUCUUUUUUUAACACCACGG